AUGUAUGGGUACGAUUUAGUUAUGAAUAAGUGCUUGCGAUAUUAUGGAUCAGACAACCAAAUACAUUCUGAAAUUUAUGAAUGUCGGUUAUUUGGAGGGACACUUGUCACUAUAAAUAAUGCAAUCGAAAAUAGAGCCGUUGUUCAAUAUGCAUCUGACCAAGGCCAAGACAGAAUCUGGUUAGGAUCGUACUGUUUUGGAAAUAGCUCAUCGUCUUGUUACAACGAUGACUACUCUGACUCCAGCUACAGAUCAAAGUACAAGUCCGAUGGCAAAUGGUUUGAAAAUUUCAACAAUUCCGCGUAUUAUGUUGUGGAAGGAUCUAUCGAUGAAGCAGAAAUCGAAUGUCAAAAAAACAAUGGGCAUGUUGUGUCGAUCCAUUCAAAGCAGGAGAACGAUUUUAUUCUAAACCGGAUGGCACUAGUUCCGGAAAAUGUUAGACUCGGAGCAAAACGAGUUUUCAAUAACUCUUAUGCCUGGGCAGAUGGUACUCUCUGGGAUUUCGAUUUCCGGGAUCAGUUAGACGACAUGCCAGAAUCUCUAGACUGCUUAGAGAUAUUUACAGUACAUCAACUAUGGAGUAGAACCGACUGUGAUACAACAGCAUCUAACAUCUGCAAGAUACCACUCCCUCCAAUUGAAGACAACUCUCAUUGCAAUACAACUCUCCUAAUGUCUCCCUCUACUUUCACAUCUUAUGGAUAUGGCAUGCAAGGAUUACAGUCUCCUUGCACCUGGAAAAUCGUGGCACCAGGUCCAUAUCAAGUCAAUUUACAGUUUUUGGAAAUGCGGAAUAGCAGUGUGACGGUAUUAGAUGCAAGUGGGAAGCUGAUAGCAAGCGUGAACUCGACGGUGAAAGUGUUAGCCGAGUCAAAUAUUGUUACAGUUGUACACAAUGGGCAGGGAACUUUCAAGGCUAGUGCUCUGGCAUUUUGA